AUUAGUGCGUGCAUCCAGAGGAGCAGAGGUUUCAUUCGAACCUGGCCGCUAUACCUGAAAGCGCGAGAUAACAGGGACCUGGCAAUGAUCUCACUGGACUUCAAUUUGAAUGUUUUGACAAGGGACCUGUCACUUUAUCUGGAAAAUCAAGUGAAAGUUGGACUUUUUGGAUCUGGUGUAUUGUCACUGGUGCUUGGCUUCAGCGCAGCUUAUGCCUACUAUUACUUGAUCUCUGUCGCGAAGAAGCCCCAACUGAUUUCUGGUGGUAAGAAGUUCUACCAGUUCCUGCGGGACCAAUGUCCCGUGGUGUCAGAGACCUACUACCCCACCUUCUGGUGCUGGGAGAGCCGGAUCCAGACGGUGCUUAGGCCCUUCGUCACGGCUAAACCGGGGGUCAGCUACAGAAAUGAGCUCAUUAGAGCAGCAGAUGGAGGGCAGAUCUCUCUGGAUUGGUUCGACAACGAUGACAGCGCCUCCCACCCCAACUCGGCCACGCGCCCCACCGUCCUGCUGCUUCCAGGCCUGACCGGCACCAGCAGAGAGUCCUACAUCCUCCACAUGGUCCAGCAGAGCAGGGAGCUGGGAUAUAGGUGUGCGGUAUUCAACAACAGAGGGGUGUCUGGCGAAACUCUCUUGACCCCCAGAACGUACUGCGCUGCCAACACAGAGGACCUGGAGGCUGUCAUCGAACACAUCCAGAGGGCAAAUGAGGACGCCCCGCUCAUGGCUGCUGGGGUCUCCAUGGGCGGGAUGAUGCUGGCAAACUACCUGGGGAAGAAGGGCAGGGAGACGUGUCUGAAGGGUGUGGUGGUGUUCUCGGCAGGCUGGGAUGUGUUUGCGUGUACAGCGUCACUGGAGAAGCCUCUGGACCGCUUCCUCUUCAACUCUUACCUCACUAGCUGCCUGCAGGCAGGUGUGGACAGACACAAAUCUGUCCUUGAGAAGAGUUACGACAUUGAUCAUGUGAUGAAGGCCAAGACCAUCCGUGAGUUUGAUGAGAGGUUCACGUCUAUAAUGUUUGGCUACCCCACCAACGAUGACUACUACCACGAUGCCAGUCCCAUCCACAAGCUCAAGUCUGUGCAGGUGCCCAUGUUGUGUCUAAACGCUGCAGACGACGUCUUCUCCCCCUGUCAUGCCAUUCCAGUGGAGGCAGUGAAGCAGAACCCUAACCUAGCCCUCCUCAUCACCUGCCACGGGGGCCAUAUUGGUUUCCUGGAGGGCCUGUGGCCCCGACGGAGCACCUACAUGGACCGCGUGUUCAAGCAGUUUGCCAAGGCCGUCAUAGAACAGGGUGGUGACCUCAAUGACCUUUCCAGCUAGUAGGACCAGUUCUUCUCUUUUUCCUUCCCUCUGUCGUUCCUUCACACCUUCCUUUUCUCCCUCUCCUUUCCUUCAUUCCUUCUCUCCUUACUUCCUCAUCUCCAUCACUCUCUCCUCCAUCCCUCCCUUUCUCCAUCCCUCCCUACAAGCAAAAAACAUUUUAUUUUGAAGUGAACACCCUGUCACAAUACAACAUUUGUCCGUCCACUCAUGUAUUCCUUCAUACAUGAAUUAAAUCAAUGUAUGUCCCCAUGAAUUCAUACUAUGCUUAUUCGAAAAAGUGAUUGCAAUUGCUCAUGUCGAUGGUGAAAAGAUGAGUAUGUUCACAUUAGCUGUGCUAGCUAAAUGAGUGUGUGGUGGAAAUACUUUUUUAAGUUAACAGAAGUACUGUAUGACAUUAAUAUUUUCAGCUGUCUUUCCCUGUCCGUCAGUGUUCUCAACAGCAACUUGUGUAUCAGUAGGAUUUUAGUCCUCGGGGAUUGUAUUUAUUUUUUACAUAGUCUGUCUCUGUCUGUCUGUCUUUGUUAUGAAUGUGAAUGUUUUAUGUUGAAGAUCGUUAAUUCCUUAAAAAAAUAAUUCUUUCAAAAACCCAUAUCUAAUCUCUCAUGACAGACAGCUAGCUGCUAUAGUAGCGUGAUACUUGGUUCGAGAUGAUAACUUUACCUUACCCGAACAGAUCACAGUAUUUAUGUUCUCUUGAAUAUUUCUGCAUGCACUUUUAUUCACACAUUCUACCUGUGCACACACCAAAUAGCUCUAACAAUGUAACUCAUUAUUAAUGAUAAGGAAUGGGAAAUUGCACUAUUUUAGUUUGAACGAACCAUGCCUCUAAUUCCUUCAUGCAAACACACUUGAUUUCAAUUAUUUUUAAUAUGUAAGUAACUAUACCCAAAAGGCCUAAUAAAUUAAUAUACAAAUACCACAGGGAUGUUAUUGUUGUCCAGAUGUUAAAAACACAGCCAAGUCUUAGUUACUUCAUGGACCAGUACUGUAUUUUACCCUACUAGGGUAUUUGCUGAGCAUAUCAACCUGAAACCUCAUGUUAGAAUGAAGGUGCUAGAUACAGUGAUGUGUAUGAUAUAUUGUACAUUUGAACAUAGGAUUGUGUUACAGUAAGAUGGGAUGUAUGCAUACCCUCUGUGUUGACUGUGAUCCCACACCAGAUGCAUAUUUCAUCAAUGCAGCCUGGUUGCCAGUUUAGUUCUGCUUAAUAAGACAACAAUGAGAAUGGAGUUGUUUACCAUAAAGGAGUUAGCAAAAGUAGCACCAGAUUUGGCAACCGGACUGUCACCAAUGCACCGUUUCAGACAUUGUCUGCAUACAAAAUGGCACCAUAUUCCCUAUAUAGUGCACUACCUUUGGCCAGAACCUCAUGGACCCUGGUCAAAUGUAGUGCACUCUGUAGGGAAUAGGGUGUCAUUUCAAAUGCACCUAUGACUUUAUUCCUGUGGAAUUUGUGUGUUUCUUUAUUCUGCCCCGUGGCCAUUAAGUAGCAUGUGUCUCAUCGUCAUCACGUCCUGAACCUUACGACUUAGAACACACCGCAUCAUAAUCAGUAGCACAAAGGACAUAUUUUGUUAGUCAUUAUAUUUAUGAUAUUAUAUUUCAUUUUCUAUUUAAAAAAAUUAUUCUAUUUAACAUGCCUAGCAAUAAGAUUUUCAAAUUAAAUUGUCUAUGUAGUAAAAGUACCAGUAAAAACAUGUAUCAAUAUGAAGUGUAUUUUGCUGUAUGUAACACAUUAUUAAAUGAAGCCUACU